UCUACUGCUACUCAACUGGUUUGUUCACCUUCUCUUCUCCAACACUCGCAGCUCCGUCGUCGCCGUUGAAGCGGCGCAGGAAACCAAGAAGAAGGAAGCGCCGCCGGAAAAAUGGCGCUAGCUUUCGACGAAUACGGGCGCCCGUUCAUCAUAAUCAAGGAGCAGGAGCAGAAGACUCGAUUGAGAGGUCUCGAUGCGCAGAAGGCCAACAUUUCCGCCGGUAGGUCUGUCGCUCGGAUCCUCCGCACUUCGCUCGGUCCCAAGGGGAUGGACAAGAUGCUCUCCAGCCCCGACGGUGACGUCACCAUCACCAAUGAUGGUGCGACAAUCUUGGAGCAGAUGGAUGUAGACAAUCAAAUCGCCAAGCUCAUGGUGGAGCUAUCUAGGAGUCAGGACUAUGAGAUCGGUGAUGGGACUACUGGUGUUGUGGUCAUGGCUGGAAGCCUUCUCGAGCAAGCUGAGAAGUUGCUAGAGCGUGGGAUUCAUCCCAUUCGAAUUGCAGAGGGAUAUGAGCUUGCGUCUAGAAUAGCUGUUGAGCAUUUGGAGCGUAUUGCUCACAAGUUCGAAUUUGGAGAGAACAACAUAGAGUCGCUUGUUCAGACUUGCAUGACUACUUUAUCUUCAAAGAUAGUGAACAGAUGCAAGCGCCAGUUGGCCGAGAUUUCUGUUAAGGCCGUCCUUGCUGUGGCAGAUUUAGAAAGGAAAGAUGUGAACUUGGACUUGAUAAAAGUUGAUGGGAAGGUUGGUGGGAAGUUGGAAGAUACUGAACUGAUUUAUGGAAUUGUUGUUGACAAGGACAUGAGUCACCCACAGAUGCCCAAGCAAAUUCAAGAUGCAAACAUUGCUAUUUUGACAUGUCCCUUUGAACCCCCGAAGCCAAAGACCAAGCAUAAGGUGGACAUUGACACAGUAGAGAAGUUUGAGGCUCUACGCAGGCAAGAGCACCAGUAUUUCGAUGAUAUGGUUCAACAGUGCAAGGAUGUUGGUGCAACUCUGGUUAUCUGCCAGUGGGGAUUUGACGAUGAGGCAAACCAUUUGCUGAUGCACAGAAACCUUCCUGCAGUACGUUGGGUUGGUGGAGUGGAGCUAGAGCUGAUAGCCAUUGCCACAGGUGGCAGGAUUGUUCCAAGAUUCCAGGAGUUGACAGCUGAGAAGCUAGGAAAGGCUGGUUUGGUCAGGGAGAAAUCCUUCGGCACCACAAAAGAUAGAAUGCUGUACAUUGAACAUUGUGCAAAUUCCAGGGCCGUUACUGUUUUCAUCCGUGGGGGUAACAAGAUGAUGAUAGAAGAGACCAAGCGAAGCAUCCACGAUGCUCUGUGCGUUGCAAGGAAUCUCAUCCGCAACAACUCCAUCGUGUACGGUGGUGGCUCGGCUGAAAUUGCUUGCUCAAUUGCUGUAGAAGCUGCCGCGGAUAGAUAUCCUGGAGUUGAGCAGUAUGCCAUUCGAGCAUUCGCAGAUGCUUUGGACGCUAUCCCUAUGGCACUAGCAGAAAACAGUGGACUACAACCCAUUGAGACUCUAUCCGCUGUGAAGUCCCAGCAAAUCAAGGAGAACAACCCCCACUGUGGUAUUGACUGCAAUGACGUUGGGACGACGGACAUGCGUGAGCAGAACGUGUUCGAGACCUUGAUAGGGAAGCAGCAGCAGGUUUUGCUUGCAACACAGGUAGUCAAGAUGAUACUGAAGAUCGACGAUGUCAUCUCUGCCGCUGAGUUCUAGUCCACCAGGUUUUGUUUUGUUUUCCUCGUAGUCAGAACUCAGAAGUGUGUUUAAUUUAGCCUUGAUUACAAUGUGGUUCACUUGGUGGGAGAGUGCUGUUCUGUACUUUUGUUUGUUACUCUUGCUUUGGCCUUGACUGGUUUUAUCAUGUAUGUUGGCAUCAGUCUUUAGUUUAUGUACGCAGGAACUGGCAUGACCCUGAAUUUUGUUUCUUGUGGUUAAUUUAGUUUAUCAUGACUCAUGAGUUGCCUUGUCGAUUGAAGUAUUUCUGUCUCUGGGCCAUCAGUGUAAUGUCAUUAAGCCGUUUUAUUGCGCCAGUAGUUCAAAA